AUGAGCUCCAUCGAAUCCACGCAACACCUCAAGGCCAUCCUCCGGGACCAAAUAGACAACAAGAUGUCCGGCGCAUACUACGAGACAGCUUUCAUCGUUCCCCACUUGCAGACUUCUGUUAUGCCUCGCCGGCCCCGCCAGCCUGCUCCGACAUCGCGUCCGACUGUCGGUGCGAUGGCCUCGGAAGCAACCCUCGUUGACAAGGACGGCAUCCCUGUCAUGUCCAAGGAGAAGAACGAUGCCUCGGGUUCUAUGAAUGGCACGUCACCCAAAAAGAGUCUUCUCAAGCGCAUCUUGAAGAAGGUCUAG